UCUUUUUUAGGGGCAGUGGGCCCAUCUCCGAGAUGCCGAAGUCUUGCGCCGCCCGGCAGUGCUGCAACCGCUACAGCAGCCGCAGGAAGCAGCUCACCUUCCACCGGUUCCCGUUCAGCCGCCCGGAGCUGCUGAGGGAGUGGGUGCUUAACAUUGGCAGGGCGGACUUCAAGCCCAGGCAGCGCACAGUCAUCUGCUCCGAACACUUCAGACCUGAGCGCUUCAGCGCCUUCGGGACCAAGAACCUGAAGCACAGUGCUGUGCCCACGGUGUUCGCCUUUCAGAACCCCACACAGGUCUGCCCUGAGGUGGGGGCUGGUGGGGACAGCUCUGGGAGGAACAUGGACACCACACUGGAAGAACUUCAGCCUCCAAACACGGAAGGCCCCGUGCAACUGGUCUUACCAGAUCGAGAAGCAAUGGAGGCUGCGGAGGCCGCUGGCCUGCCCGCCAGCCCUCUGGGGUUGAGGAGGCCCCUUCCGGGACAGCCGUCCGAUCCGGGGCAGCCGUCCGAUCACAGCUACGCCCUUCUGGACUUGGAUACCCUCAAAAAAAAACUCUUCCUCACGCUGAAGGAAAACAAGAGGCUUCGGAAGCGCCUGAGAGCCCAGAGGCUGCUGUUGUGGAGGACAUGUGGCCGUCUGAGAGCCUACAGAGAGGGACAGCGGGGACAGAGGGGUCCACGUGCCAGACGGCCUGCACAGGGAAGCUGAGUGAGCAGGCUCUGGGAUGUGGGGGCGGUGGCAAGACACCCUAGCAGGAGGUGGUGUUCAGCCCUGCUGCGGACGCUUCUGCUGCUGCUGCUGCUGCAAGGUGCCUUGGUGGUGUGGAUAGGAAGCUGUGACAGGCUGUUGUCAGGUGGGGGUUGGGGGGCCCGAGCACUGUGGAGUGAGAUGCAGUCUCAGGUCUCCUGGGCUGAGGCUGCCACCUGUGGGACAGCAGCAGUGACCAAAUGUGAGCUGUCACAACCCUGUCAGAGAUACUUCCCAAGGGAGAGGUGGUCGUUCUUACAGCCUUCGGGGUCCUUACUGUUUCCCCAUAGCAGCCAUUCUGAUGGUCGGCAGGGCAAGGGUUCCCCAUCAGCCUGUAUUUCUGAGUGACUCUUUUUCUGCCUGGUUUGUGUGAAUCUGGAAUAAAUCCUUUGAAGUCUCCAUGCAGGCUGUCA